ACUAACGUAUAAGUGCUGUUCAACAUGUGCGACAAACCCAGCGGCUCUGAAUUCAGAAAACGCGCAAAAGAAACCAUCGUAAAGAAUGAGAAAUUGUUGGCUAAAAUUCCAAAACUAACUACAUUUUACAAAAGUCAAUCCACUGAUGUCUCAGAAAGAAAUCUUGAAAGUUCAGAAACUUCAACGACUGAGCAAACAACAGACCCUAAUACGGCUCCAGAAAACGAAAAAGGAGGGGGAGGGGACUGUUCAAACAAUUCGGUGCCGGCAACAGAAAAUUCCGCGACUGGCCAGCUUCGUGCAGUACAACCUCAACCGACUCAGAUAUCUAAUGACCCUGCUUGUUGGAUCAUCAAUGAAGAAUUAAGAGAUUAUAUAGCACAGAAUGGUCUUAAGCAAAAUGACGAUGAAGAUUUCUCAAAAUCGGCACGGCAUUACCCAGAUCAUCGACGACAUUUCUCUAAAAGUCAUUUUAUGAAGAAAAUGACGAAUGAAGAAACAGUCAAACGGAGUUGGUUGGUGUAUUCGCCCUCUAAUGGGCAUGUUUACUGUGGUCCGUGUAAACUUUAUGGAGGCUCCUCUUUAUUUGCUACAAGUGGGUUCAACGAUUGGAGAAAUGUCGGUGGAAUAGCUGGGCACGAAAAUUCGCGUGACCAUCAACAAUGUUUAGUUAAAUUUAUCACUCGAGAAAAAAAGUUGGAAAGAAUUGACUCCCAAGUGCUCAAACAAUAUGAUAAAAACGUUGAGUAUUGGAAGAAGGUGUUGGAGCGAGUUGUUGAAACGUUGAAAUUUUUGUCUUCUCGUGGAUUACCCCUGUUUGGCGACAACGAAAAGCUUGGCUCUUCACGAAAUGGCAAUUUUCUCGGCUGUAUUGAACUCAUUUCAAAAUUUGAUCCAUUUAUGGCGGAUCAUUUAGUGAGAUAUGGCAACAAAGGGAGUGGCACACCAUCUUAUUUGUCUUCUACCAUCACUCGGGAAGUUCACUUACUGCUUCAUGAUCAAGUGAAAAGUAAAAUCAUAGAGGAAAUACUCAUAGCCAAGUAUUACUCCAUAGUGGUGGAUUCAACGCCUGAUUACUCUAGAAAAGAUCAGCUGACUUUGAUUAUUCGUUAUGUCUUGCCUGAGGGAUCACCUGUGGAACGUUUUAUAACUUUUAUGGCUAAUACCGGUCAUAAAGGCAUACAUAUGUAUAAGUAUGAAAAAUUGUCGUGGUCAGAGCUAUGA